AUGUCUCUUCCGUCUAAUGCGCAAGAGCUGCCCGACACAGACAUUUUUCCACCUCUUCACCACCCCAACGAGAUCCGUGUCGUGACUCUUCAGCCGGCCGACCACAUCGACAGCAUACCGGUAUGUACGCUCAAGACCACGAGUCUAGAAAGCCGACCGGUCUUCCAGGCCAUCUCCUGGUACGUGCCGGAGAACCUGUACGACGCGCUUCGAUACAUCCGAAGACGCGACAAAUCUAUCGUUCUCUGGGUGGACGCGCUGUGCAUCAACCAAGGUCUUGACCCAGCUGCUUUGGACGAGCGGGCGAAGCAGAUCCGACUUAUGCGAUAUAUCUACACGUUUGCAAGUCAUAUCAUCAUCUGGCUAGGUCGUCCGCCCGCCGACCUACCAGACUGGAUGUUGGCCGAGCUGGAGAAGGGAGACUGGGUGGAUGGUGUGAUAAAAAAUCGUGCAUCCGCUCGAAAAAUACUACAUGUGGUCAUCGACAAUCCGUGGUGGACGCGGUUGUGGGUAAUUCAAGAAUCUCGAUUGCCAGAAAGGGCUUCUCUCCAGCUCGGUCGAGUGUCCAUACCCUUCCGCUCGUUUCUGGACGAUCUCCGGGCGUUGUCUCUGUCGCAUGUACCCAUCAGCUCUGGAGACGAUGAGGCCAAGAUGCAGGCUCACCUCGCCCUCUACGACGCCGUGUUCAAGAUGGGAUCGACACAAUGGAGACAACUGCCGGGCGAAGACACCGAUCUAGACGACAAGUACCUCGGAGUGCAGUUUGAUUUUUUCUGCAAUCUUCUUGCCAAGUGUCGUCACCAACUCACCACGGACCCGCGGGAUAAGGUCUACGGGUUGCUGGGACUGGUGGAUGACUGUGUGGGCAGAAUCAUCGGCCCCGACUAUAGUGAGGACGUCACGAAAGCAUAUACACGCGCCAUGGGCCUCAUUUUCCAGUAUUCUAACAGUCUCGAUCUCCUGUCAUUGGCCAACAUGAGACAUCCGCACGCCUCAGCCUUGGACCUACCGAGCUGGGUGCCGGACUGGACCACCCAGUUUUCUCCGGAAGAGAGGGUCACAGAACUGAAAUACGAAUCACUAGUUGCCGACGGGUUCCCUUCCAAGGGCCUUGCGCCUCUACUUCAAUACGGAAAGACGCUGCAGACCAAAGGAACGAUCGAUGACCGCAUUGAGGUGGUGGGAGAUCGCAUGCCAUACACCCGUGGCUUCAUGCAAUGGAGUGAGUGUAUGCGUGAAGCGUGGGAUGUGAAGCUACGAAAAGUCCCAGGGCUUGGGAAACAUAUCUGGAGCCCACGUGAAAUCCCACCGGCCGAUCCAAAUCCCGACAAUCCCUAUCCCAAUCCAAGAGUUAAGCUUCGUGGAAUUAUGUUGGAUCAAGUAAGUCUGCACGAAGCUAGACCAGCCGCCAACGGCACCAGGCCGCCACCAUAUGACAACCGCAGAACCUUGUAUGAGGCAUACUGGCGAACCCUCUUCCUGGGAGAUAAUGCUAUCUUUGCUGACGACAAUGGGGGGGAGGUUGAAAUAUGGAAAGACUGGGCCGCCGUCCUUCGCUGCGCCACGGACUGUGUCACCAAGAACGCCUCGGUGCCCGCGGAGAUCCUGGACCAGCUUCAAACCACGACGUGGAACCGUCGCUGCUUCAUGACCAAGGGCGGCUUCUUUGGGAACACGUGGGACGCCGCCCCGGGUGACAGAGUGGCCACGUUGCUUGGAGCUAGGUUGCCGGUGGUUCUGCGACGCGUGCCCGGAAUACGGGAACGUUACCGAUUCAUCAGUGAAUGUUAUGUCGCUGGCCACGCGUGGACCUGGACGUCGCACUCGUCGAAACUGCGUACCGCGUGGAAUGCAACCGCUUCACUCUGGAGGCGGGACUCUGCAAUGCCAGUGCGUAAGCCACCGAAGAGAAAGGUAAGGGAGGCCAUUGAUUGGGUGUGA